UGUUCAGUUGUCUGACGAGUUUUUUUGGAUGCAUCACUCCUUUGUAGGCUUGCACCUUUAUGGAUAUUAAACGUUAGCCUACAAGAGGAGUUUCAUGAUUGAAACAGGCACCGCUUCCCUCCGGAUACGCAUUUGCCAGAUUGGACACAGACAACAGGGAAAAAUAGCCACGAUUAUAGUCCAUCGACUUCAGAACAUCACUUCAGUCAGGACAAUUUUCAUUUUCGCCUUCAUGGAUGGUGAGCGCAAAUCUGACAUGUAGGAUACUUCUGUUGGCUUUAUAAUGUCAAAAUGCAUGCAUCAACUUUUUUUAAAUAUCUGAAUCCGUAAGAAUUUUAUGAAAUAACGACAUAUUUGUCUAAAAACCUUUUUAUAUUAACUGGGCAAAUCAUUUUUGGUUUAGGAUAAAUAUUUCGAAAAAGAUAUAUUAAAUUACGCAAUAGGCCUAUCCUCCUAUUUUUUUAAAGAUAGGUCUAAUUAGCUGACUCAUUGUUUUGUUAAACGCCAAUGGGCCGAUGACUUUACAUUCUUGUCAAUGAACUUGGUCAAUAAACUUACGUUUUCACGAACCUCAUUUUUACAACUCAGACAUUUUUUUUGACUAUGGAGAUUCCGGUUGGAUUAGGGGGAGUUUGUGACUCCACAAACCUAGUUUUUCGCGGACCUUUCCAAAACGUUUUCCACAACGUGCAAGCAUUGCCGAGUAACACGAAUGUCACUGAAAGCUUGGACUUUUGUAGUUCAAAGUACAGUUUCUUGCAGAAUAAACAACCCUGGGAGGUGCGCCAAACGAGCCGGCAAUCAUCCCGAAAAGAAAUAUGUUCAGGAACGGCUCGCAAUUCUGAUAUUGAAGUGAGGGAAGAUGACAGCGUUUGUUUUUCCAGAACACUCGAAUCAGUGGCAUGUCGUAUUCAUUUUGCCAAAAGCUCAAAAGGGAACAAACCCGGGUUUUCCUCUUUGAACGAGUCAGACAAUCCAAACGCGAAUGAAUACGGAUCGUAUCGCUCUGGACAGCAAGUCUCCAAUACCGAACAACAGCCCUGUCAACCCUCUGUGUCCCAUCACGGAAAUGAGUUAAAUCAUAACAGUGAGGCCUGUGUGGCGAGCAGUUGCUCCAGUUCUGCCUGCAGCACCAUCUCAAAAACGGCGAGGGAGCUCUGCAACGCUGUCUCUGUGUCACUGGGAUUGACCAUGGACGCAAAUGAGAUGACUGACCUGGGACCUAAUCACGCACCAUCCAGCGUAAAUCACCAAAGUCAAGAAAACUAUUUGUUUGAGGUGCCUCUAUUGAAAUGUUCUGGAGCUGGAGAAAACGUCUCCAUAACAGAAUACACAUGCCCCAGUGAGCGCUAUGCCAAGCCACUACAAAGUGAUAAACAACUAGUUGAGAUAUUUCAAAGUUCCCCUGCAAACAACCUUACAGAAAAAGUGGCGACCAUACAGCACUUUAGCACCGGACAUCCAUCCACAGAUGAACAGGAGUUUAGACUGAAUGAAAACAGGGAUGACCCGACUUCAAAAGAAACAGAUCAUUUUCUGAAUACAGGAGCUCGCUCAGCGUCUUAUCAUUUUGACCAACUAUUGCCAGUACACUUGGCACAUUUCAGUCAAACCGAAACAGACAGAAACUCUUCUCGUGUGUUCUACAAACCCCCAGCACAUGUCGGUGAAACUGGAGAGACUAUGGAGGACAAAUAUGCUGACUACUUACAACAACAGUACAGUGUCAAGAUAAAAUCUGAGGCCUUUAAUAGGCAUAAUGAACCUGCCGGAACGUCAUGGGACUUUCAGUACAGGUAUAAUGACAAUGACAAUACACAAUAUGGACUGAAUUCAUACAUUGCGGGACCGGACACUGCGUUAAUUUGUAACCCUCAUGAAUAUGAGAGGGGUGGGGGACUCGUGCGCAGAGAGCGGCCAACUCCUGAGCAGUGGUACCCGGGCGAGAUGCUAGGGAGGAUGCCCUAUCCCAACUCCCCAUGCAUAAAGAAUGAGGUUGGUGACAGUCUGGAUGUCUCUUACACAGAUGCCAGGUUUGAGGGUGGCAGCGACCACAUGUACCCCAUGGAGUUCUUCUUCCCGCCCCAGAGGACCUGUCUGAUCUGUGCAGAAGAGGCAUCCGGCUGCCACUAUGGAGCGCUCACCUGUGGCAGCUGCAAAGUGUUCUUCAAGAGAGCCGCAGAAGGGAAACAGAAAUACCUGUGUGCCAGCAGAAAUGACUGCACCAUCGAUAAGCUGAGAAGGAAGAACUGCCCAUCAUGUCGACUGAGGAGGUGUUUUGAAGCUGGGAUGACCCUUGGAACACGUAAACUAAAGAAGAUUGUACAGCUGAAGAGUCCGGAGGAGGAUCUUCCCACCCAAGGCCCCACCGAUACCAUCCAGGGAGUCUCUCCCCAAUCCGGCCUGAGCUUCCAUUCUCAGCUGGUGUUCCUUAACAUCUUGGAAUCCAUUGAGCCAGAGGUGGUACAUGCGGGACAUGACCAAUGCCAGCCUGACUCAGCUGCAGCGCUGCUCACCAGCCUCAACGAACUCGGGGAGCGCCAACUUGUCAAAGUGGUCAAGUGGGCCAAAGGCUUGCCAGGUUUUCGGAAUCUGCAUGUGGAUGACCAGAUGACAGUCAUCCAGCAUUCAUGGAUGGGGGUGAUGGUGUUCGGCUUGGGAUGGAGGUCCUACAAGAAUGCCAACGGCAGAAUGCUCUAUUUCGCCCCGGACCUGGUUUUCAAUGACCAUCGGAUGCACAUCUCCAGCAUGUUCGAUCACUGCAUACGGAUGAGACAACUCUCCCAGGAGUUUGUCCUGCUGCAAGUCACUCAGGAAGAGUUCCUCUGCAUGAAGGCCCUGCUCCUCUUCAGCAUCAUUCCAGUGGACGGUCUUAAGAGUCAGAAGUACUUUGAUGAAUUGCGGCUGACCUACAUCAAUGAACUUGGUCGCAUCAUUAACUAUGGAAGGAAAUCCAACUGCUCUCAGAGGUUGUAUCAACUCACCCGUCUCAUGGAUUCCCUCCAACCGGUUGUGAGGAAACUCCAGCAGUUUACAUUUGAUCUGUUUGUCCAGGCCCAGUCUCUGCCCACCAAGGUCAACUUUCCAGAGAUGAUUGCAGAGAUAAUCUCAGUACAUUUGCCAAAGAUCCUGGCAGGCUUGGCCAAACCAAUCCUGUUCCACAAGUAGCAGGAUUUGCCAUCAUACUGAGAAAAAUCCAAUCCAAGCUGCCUAUAUACUUCAGCCAAGGCUCUGUAGUGUUUCCCUUGUAAUGUUCUCUCUCUCCUUUUUUAUAUCUAAUAGCUCAAUGUUCCAUUUCUGAAAUCAUUGUAUCAUUACAGUAGUUUAGCCGCUUAUCAGACAUAAUUGAGAUAAUUUUCUCAGAAGGGCAGCACGGUUUUAGCAUUUAUUUCAAGUUGCAAGGUGUCACCUUGUUGACAGCCCAAUCUGUCCUGUAUUUCAAGAAAAAAAAUACACAAGACUACCGGUAGUAGUGUUAUGUCAAAUGUAAGAAACAGAAGAAUGUCAUCCAUUGACUGGAUGAAGACAAACCUAAAAAUGCAGAAACAGUUAAACAUAGCUAUGCAUAUCUCUACUUUAGGAACUUUCAUGAGAUUGUGCUAUGCAAAAAAAAAAACUAUUACCAAAAGGAAUGUGAAACAGUCGUUUGCAGUAUACUCUUACAUACAGUCUCUGUAUUUACUAGCUAACUACUCAACGGUUGUAUCUGACUGACUAUGUUGUACUAGAAUGCUAUUUUCAAUAUACAUUUACAAUGCAUAAGUCACUAUAUGUAUUGUACAGUAUUUACAUGUUUAUUGCUAGUUAUUUAGGUAGUGAACAAACGGUGACUAACUAAUUCCAGACACAGAGCGAGACAAUUAGAAUUAAUAACUUUCCAGAAUAUUUUCAGUGGCAGUGGAUCUCUAUUGAGUUAUUUAAAAGUAAAUCAUAGUAUGAAACCUUCUACAACUUGCUGCACAUUUAGUCUGCAUGUAAUUUCAGAUGACUCUUUUGCGUCACACAUGACAGUACUGUGCCCAAGUUAGUUGGUCAAACUGAACAUACUUAUAAUCUAUUAAUGCUGAAAAUCCUCUAAAGGUUUAACGCGGCCUGAAUAUUUGCAUUCUUUAGUUCAUCAGAACAUACAGAGGUGCAUGCGCCAUGUGUUUGUAGAUGUUAGAAUGAUUUAAUCUUUAUUGAAAAAAACAGGGGCGGAACUUUGGUUUUAGAAGUGGUGCCAAUAAUUGCCUCUAUUACACCAAAUGUAUGUCCCUGAACGAAUGAUUUUAAAAAUCGCACAAGGAAAAUUUAGUAGCUAAUGGCAGCCUGCAGUAUCCCAGUCAGCCUUCAACUUUAGUUACUCAAUGAGAGGGGGCAGCAUAGAGCUAGCCUGUAACAUCACUUCCUGGAGUAGCUCAAACUGCUGUCAUGACAUUGCCCUCUUUGGGUAUAGCAAGCCCCAUCCCCCUCUCCCUGCCUCCCCCUUGACUCCUUCAACUAGGCUGCUGUGGUCAGAGAGAGGUCGUAAAUUUCAGAGAAGAGCCUGCCACAUAGUAUAAGAGGCAGAGUAAAUUUUCAUAGAGCACAAAGGAAUUUCUUCCACCUCACAGAACUUGAGGUACGAACAAAUUUCAUGUUCCGGAGAAAGUAUAAAAGAUCGGUGAAGAAUCCAGCUACGAACUGGUCCGUUUGUUACAAC